UUUCUGGGAAUGCAGAGGGAGCCAUUAUUUUUCCAAUAUCAGUUACGCGAAAACAGCGUACGUAUAGCAAUUACGGGAUGUAGUAUUCAAUGUGCUCCCUGGAACGAGGCCAUUUUCGUGUACAGAAAGUGAGCGAGUCGCGAGUUCGGAGCGCGCGGGAGCGACACGAGAGUGUGUAGGCGCAGUCAAGUUGAGUCCAGUGAUAUUGUGCAUCUUGACGUAGCCUGGAAGUGAGCUCCGGCGAAAAGAGGAAGAGCCGAAGAGUGCGCGCGAGCCGCGCAGGUGUUCGAAUCGACGAGGGUUAGUGAGCUUAACCCAAGUUCAUACCGUGGUCGUGUUGGCACGGGGCAGCAGCAGCGGCAGUGGUGGUGGUAGUGUUGACGGUAGUGGAAAAGUGUGUUGGUGCUGAUAGCAGUGGUCGUCGUAGUGAUGAUGGUGCUGCUGCCGCUGUAACGAUGACACAUACGUCAUAACACACCAAGUUCGCCUUUAAUAAUCUAUUUCUAUUUUGCCUUGCCAUUAACCGCGCUUAACCGCUAUCGGUUCAUUUUACCCGCAUUUAGUGCAAGUCUGCCGGCCAUAUGUCGCCGGAUUUCGGAACCCCGGGUACUUCAUUUUAUUAAUGCAACAAAAUCACGUGGAAAUUUAAAACAAAACUACAUCAAACGACUUCUGAAGCAAAGUGAUCUAAAAGAGCCUGUAAAGCAAAAUUUACCACAGUUUAAAGUAUCUUCUGGAGCAAGACUCAUCGGGAUGCGACGGAUGACCCUGACAGUGAUGCGAGAACCAAGAUCUUCCAACGGCGACACUGGGAUCAUUUGAAAUUUUAAGUGUGGUUUUUUAGUGCGAUUUGUGUAUAACGGUCGGUGAUCGAGAUUAAGUGCAGUGCUACUAAUUUUUAUUCGCGUGUGAUGUCAAUGGGAUUCGCGGUCCGCGCCACAGUUCGUACAUAUGCAUCUAAUGCACAGUGCUGGUCGCUACGUCUUAGAGGAUGCCGCAGGUGCUAGAAGAGUGUCGGGGGCGUGCGCUGUGUGUUCCAGUGAUGUCGGUGGCGUGGCGCCCAGCACUGCUGGACCUGGAUCAUGGCCGGCAAGCCUGAGCAGCCUCCCUCUUAUUCAGCUUCCCCAAAUCAAAGUGAUCGGCAUCCCCAGCAGCCGCAGUCUCAGGGUGUUCAACAGAACAGCGUUUUAGUGUACGUGUCGGGGGAUAGUUUGGCUUACGCGAGUGCAGUCGGCCAGAAUGUUGUUGCCAGUGCUGGUACUGGCUACCAGCAUCAUCACCAACAGCAACAUCAUCAACACCAGCAGGGAUCCUAUGUCACUGGGUUGUUACCCCAAGUGGCUUGCGGCGGAUACCCCACGAAGGCGACGACGCACGGCAUCGGAGUCGUCGGCCCCAAUUGUUGUCGGAGCCAGUUCCUGAAAACCUCUGACUACAUUAACUCUGGAGGGCAGGAGGUUGCGUCUCAGCAGCUCGACUGCCAGUCAGAUCGGACGUUGGUAUGGGGGAAUGGGCCAAGGUACGGCGGCGGAGGAGGUGGCAGUUUGUACAACAACUGCCAACAAGAGCGACCCUUAGUGUGGGGGAAUACUCAGAGAUACAGCAGCGGGGCUGCUGCAGGUGGAUUAGUAGGACUGAACGGCAUCGCUCCGGAACACGGUUUUCCGGGGAAGAUGAUUCCCUCAGCGGCUCUCGAUGAUGGGACCAACAAUGUCACCUAUCCGGUGCAGGUGUCUCGAGUGCCGGAAGGUUACGUCGCCAACAAGCGGUUAGCCUUCGCACCUAAUGUGGCUGACCAGGUUGCUGAUGGUUGUGAGGGUGUCUAUGGUGGGGAAAAUAAUGUGAGAAUCGCAUUUGUGAGGCAGGGUAUCUACCCUGGCGAUGGAGAUGAACUCCAGCAUCAGGGGAUCAACGAAAAGGGAAACCGGGUGCAGGGACAGGAAGCUCUAGAGAAGCAGUUAAGCUUCGGCUCGAAUUGUUCAAGCAGCGUCGGACGCUGUGAUUCUGUUCGAUCGGAUACCGCUGAGUCGACCUGCAGCAGCCUUAGCAGCCCAGAGAGUCAAAGUCAGCUACAGGAGCCGACUGUGGUGGCGACGAAUAAUAUUUACGCGCAGCAGGCUGUGCGGUCCUCAUCGCAAGUACAUGUUCAUCACAGUGUUGUGUCAAAUAAUGUGAACGCUAGUGCGGUAUCGCAGAGACAACCGAGACAGCGGCAGCAAACACAACAGCAGCCCACGAUCUCCAUACCUCCUGGUUGGAAGAGGAUAUGCACUAAUGGAGUCAUCAUUUAUAUCAGUCCAAGCAGCACGGCGCUGGGUUCGCUGGAUCAGCUGAAGGAGUACCUGACAACAGCGGGAACUUGCAAAUGUGGUCUCGAGUGUCCGCUAAGGCCUGAACAGGUCUUCAACUUUGACCCCAAGGUGGCGACGCGACCUUGGAGCCCCAACCAGGGCAAAGUUCGAGAGAUGACAAAGCUCUGCAACCACAAGAGGAAACUCCUAAUGCCCCUUAGUGCAGCCAGUCCGGUUGCAUCUACGACCCCAAUUGUUUCAUCAUCGACGGCACCAGCUGGACCUGUGAUUCCUAAUGUUCAUGCCUCUGCCGAUUCCCCAACUUCCAUGGAUAAAACGAAAUCAGAUGGCUUUAGCAAGAAGAAGAAGAGGAAAAUGGGUGGCAUAGGGUCUCUUUAUCCAGGAGCACCAGUGCGCUUCCGAAACAUGGGUCUGGACCAAUCAGCCCCGAGCUCAGGUGACGAGUUCAGCGAGAAAUCUCCCUUCGCCAAUCAAAUAGGUUCUGCAGUCAACACCAGCGGACCCUCAUUCCUUGAAGAUCCUAGUGGAUAUCUCGCACAACAGACUGCUCUUUUGAAUAGCACGAUAUCGAGGCAGACUGGUGUCAGUAGCUCUCAGUUCACGAUACUCAACAACUCCAAAGUGCCGCAGUCAUCUCCUGGCAUUCAUGUGCCCAACAACGUUUAUCUUCCACAACCAAAGCCUUCCUCUAUCACUAGUCCCACCAGUACAAGAUGUUGCGACAUGUACGACAACAGCUACUCUUCUCGCGUCUACAGCUCGAUGAAGAAUAAUCCCACGUCGCCAGUUGUUGUGCACAGCAGCAUGACUCCAACUUCGGGGAGUAACGCCAGUGAUUCCGAUUCGUCUCAGCGUUGUGUCACCAGUGCCGACGCUCAGUCCUCUCAGGAUCUCUACAAGCAGCAGAACCGACAGUACAUGCUACAUUCCGACCAAUCCGAAGACCCUGUGAUCUCUUCAACCUUCAGGGAGAAGUUCUCCAACCAACAGCCGGACUCCAGACCGAUUCAGGGUGGAACUGUUAGUACAAGUCAUGGAUCUCCGAUCGGCACGAACAGUCCCGCAAACUCGGACACGCCAACCUCUUCUUCAGCCUCCUGCACUUCACAACCUGCGACUCCACAGAGCCUUAUCUCCUCGCAGCCAUCUACCCCUCGCAGUUACUCCCAGCCUCCCACGCCGCAUUCGCUUUCCACUUCAGGUCAUGUUCCUCAAUCCUUAACUCCUCAAUCCAUGACUUCGCAGACCUUGACUCCCCAAGGACAACAGCCAUCUCAGUCUUCGAUCGGCAGUACCAACGGUCAAGACCACAGAUCAGCAACUUCCAGUCAGAUGUCCUCGAAUGAAACUUCCCCCCCUUACCAAUCUUCCAAUUACACUCCGGUUUCGGAAGCACCUAAAAAGCAGGUUUCUAACACAAGGCUUGAAGGCUAUCAGCCGCAUCCUCAUACAUUGCACUCCAACUCGAGGGUCCCAUUGAACAACUAUAGUGCUUCGUCUGUUAUCACUACGAUGGCGAGUGGACACACAGUCAGUAGCAAUACCAUUACAUCAGUUCUUGCCGGAAGAGCGAAUACUGCGACCGUAUCUGUAAACACGCCAUCGGGCAUUCCAAAUUCAGCUAUACCAAACAUUCACUCGAACAAGACUCAACAUCAGGGUCAACAGUCUGCAUCUACGAAUGUGCCAUUGUCCUCGGUGGCUAUGCAUCAUCAGAACUCCGUCCCGAUUGUGCACAGUCAGCCGCCUUCGAUGUCUGUUUCUAAAUCACCCUUGGAGAUGGUCCAGAGUGUCGUUAGCAGCAUUCAAGUUCCUCAAGCGAGUGCCGCCUCGUUUCACCAACAACAUCAGCAGCAUCAUCAGCAUCAACAGAAUCAUCACAAUCAACAGCAUCAUCACAAUCAACAGCAACAUCACAAUCAACAGCAACAUCACAAUCAACAGCAUCAUCACAAUCAGCAGUCCAAUGUUCAAGUUCACAAUGUACUAACUUCCGGAGGGAUAUUAAAACACUCAGCUGGUUCGAGUUUACCGCCAGGUCACAUUUUAGUUUCUAGUGGUGGGCAACUCAUCAUGGCUAGCAAUGGUUCUGGAAUUGGAGGCGUGAUGGCACCGCCACCUCCGAAGAUAAUCUCGAACGCCAGUUCCAUGCCUCCGUUGUCAGUCUCCCCGAUGGUAACCAACGUGACUGGAACCGUUAGUCAAGUCAUUCCAGCAGUAGGAGUUGCACAACAAGUCCUCGGGCAACCAACCGUACUCGUUAACACUACGAUUCAAACACCCGUACUCAUUCAACCUGGUGUUAUGACUAUGGACGGCAUCAGUCAAAACGUCCAGAUUCCACAUCUCGCAGUCGCUGCUGGUAACGUUUUACAAAAUGCUCAGUCGAUCUUGGAAGCCAAUCAGGACGUGGCAAGGAAUCAGAACAUGGUUAACCGACAACCUGGUUUGCUCUCGCCAGAGUCCGGGAUGAGCAAGAAGAAGGCCUAUAAGAAGAGAAAGGGCAACUCGCAGACUGUGGCGUCGAUGCUACACAUCGCCUCUUCGCAGCAGAAUUCGGGUAUGCUCAUGCAAUCGCAAUCAAACUUUGCGCAGCAGAACUACCAGACUCAGAGUUUGGGAGGACCGAUGCUGCAGGCGCUGACUAUCGUACCUGGGAAAGGCGGAGCUCCCGCGCAGCUAGUCAUGAACGGACAGACGGGCGCGACUUCGCAGUUCAACACGCAACAGAUCAUCACAAAUCCUCAAACGCAUCAGCAGAUUAAUCUACUGCAACCGGUUAAUUUACUCAAUGGCACCACUGGCAUGGUGCAAAACUUCCCAACUAUUCAGCAGUUUAUAGUUCCAGGUCUCGGGAGUAUGGUGAUGUCGGCUGAUGGAACCGCCACCUUGUUGCAAGACACGGGUAACAUGGGAAUGCAGUUGCAGAUCCAGAAUGUGAAUGGGCAGAAUGUCUUGACCCCGGUGCAAAGUCAUGGUGGGAUCUUCAGUCCCAAUCAAAGUAUCCUUGCUGCUGGUCCAGCGGGAAUGGUGAUUAGGGCGCCACAGACAACAGGCGGGAAAAUCAUUCAACAACACAGUCCCGGCGCGCAGUUCCUUUCUCCGAACAGUGGGCAGUUCCUGGUGAACGGCACGACCUCCUUCAAUAAUCAGCUGAGUCCGAUCCUCGCGAAUGUGAGUCCCAAUCAACAGGUGACAUUCAACACCACUCAAGUGCGUCCGCAGAAUAUUCAAGGACAGCAGAAGUUCAUUCAGAUGAAUGGACAGACGCUGAUGGUGCCUUGUGGCAAUGCGCAGAACAUCGCGGUUUCCUCAUCGCCGAACCAGCAGAACACCACCUUCGUGCAGCAGAAUACAACGAUUGUGCAACAGCAGACGACAAUGGUUUCGAAUAAUCAGAUCCCCAACUUUCAGUCCACAGGCACGAACAAUGGGCCGGGUGUCGAUCAGAUGAACCUGGAUCAUAAUCAGUCUUACAUCUUGAGUGCUGGAAUGAUUCAGGGGAAGUCACCUUCGCCGAAAAGCACUCUCAAUUCUCCAUCGUCAGAUCCAGGAAUGGAUCAUCAGCAACAGUUUGUCCUUGCCAGUAGUAGUACGACAGUUUUGGAAAAGUCAGCACAGCAGGGACAACUUUGUCCGCUCAUGGCGAGGCAUUCGGUCUCCACGCAGACUGCCGGAAAUCAGGCGAAUGUUGCACAGUCAGCGUUGAUGAGGCAGGGAUCGCCACCGGAUACAACAACACACAGUCCAGGGAAUAGUCAAAGAUCUAAUAGUCCGGCUGUGGAUACUACAACUCAUGGAGCUGCUUCACCUGCGCCACCGAUUACCACCAGGCAUCAGUCUUAUUCCACGCCAAUGGUACAUUGUGUAUCGAGCAGCGAACCGGAUUCUGGCGACGGGACGAUGAUGACUGACGACUGGCGGAUUCAGGGCUCGACGACGAAAGAAAUGAGACUAAGUCAUCAAGCCGCACAUCACCGAAAGGCUUAUGUUGAAUCGACAGUUACGACUGGGAUUCAGAUCUAUACGAAGCAAGCCGAAGGUGCGGUGAGCACAAUGAGGUGCGAGGGUAAGGAUGCCCUCGGCCGGGGAAUCAAGCGAAAGCUGGACUCCAUCCACUCAAUGCAUUCUACCCUGCAUGAAGACCAGGAUGUACCCUUCAAGGACGAGGGAGAUGCCGCGAAGCCGUGGAAACUUGAAGUUGGUGAGGUUGUUUGGGGUGCAGCUCGGGGAAGUACAGCCUGGCCGGGAAAAGUUGAGUCUUUGGGAGCACCAGGCAGCUUGAACGUCUGGGUGCGUUGGUACGGGGGCGGGGGCAGCGGCAACAAUCUCAGCCAAGUCGAUGCCAAGACUCUCAAAUCUCUCUCAGACGGCCUCGAGGCGCAUCAUCGCGCCCGAAAAAAAUUUCGGAAAAGUCGUAAACUGAAUAUGCAAUUGGAAAACGCUAUCCAAGAGGCAAUGGCAGAACUGGACAAAGUCAACGAGCCUCGAUCCAUUUCGAGGCAAGAAGACAAAAUCAAGGUGUUAACUGGCAACGGGAGAGGUGCCAAAGGGUCAAAAACCAGCCCCUUAAUAUCGGUGAUUUCAACGUCCAAGGUCGAGACGAAGAGGACGAAGAAAUCCACAGAGAACUCUACAAAAUCAGAAAAAAAAUACCGGUGACCUUGAAAUUGUAUCUCGGUGAUGACGCGUCUGGGAGACGUGACUGAUAGAUUAAUAUACUUGAUACUAGGUAUUGUUACUAUUUUUUUAUUUUCUCUACCAUUAACGCUAUUGUCAUCUACAUCACUCUCAUUGUUAUCAUCGUCAUUCUCGCUCUCAUUUUCCAUCGACGUCAUUAAUUUGUAAUUAUGACUUUGAAUAGCGUUGAUAAAGCGCAAAGUGAAAACACAUUUGUAUAUAAUUAGGCCUAAUGUUGUAAAGGAGAGAAUUCCAUUUUUUACAAUGGAAACAAUACUCACGAAAUUGUGAAUGAAUUUUGAUUAAAGUAGGGAGGGGGAGGGGUUUUUAUUGUUGUAUCAUCGUCAUAAUUAUUGUAAGAUAAAUUAAAAUUUGGUGUAUACCAUCAAGUUUUUUCCAAAAUCCAUCUUUUACAUUUAUUCGAGUCUUAAAGCUGUUUUUUGUGAGUUUUAAAAUUUACAAAAGUUUCUAUACCAUGCAUCUUGGUGUGAAAUGCAAAAAGAAAGCCUUUCAGUUCAAAUGUCGUGCCAUGAUUUCUUUGAAAUUGAAAUCCAAAUUCCAGAGGUUUAUGGCGGGAAAUAUAAAUUUCGAAAAAAUGUGUUUUGUUUUGGCUAUUUAAAUUAAACGGAUAAGGAAUUUUUCUCUCGAACUUGAUAACAAAUUGUUGAAAAUUGAAAGUCUUUCAAAUUUUGAAAUCACGCCAAAUCAGAAAUGAAUUCACAUCAUGUGUUCCUAAGUUUGCUAAAAUUGUACUCAUUGCAAAGUGAGAUAGCAAAUAUUCGUCGCUAAGUAUCAAAGUUCUAACGGGUUGUAUAUAUUUUUUAAUAAUUGUAAAAUCUACACAUCGCUAAUAUGCUGAUAAAAAUUGAUGCAAAAAUAGUAAACGAUUUGCAGUAGUGAUUUUAUAUAGUGAUGUACAUUGUGGUGGUUCACGAAAAACUUUUUUUUAUUUUUCGGCGGCCGUAUCACGACAGUUUGUUUCUGUAGGUGACGAAAUCUUUUCCUAUUUUUUUUAGAUUAAAAAAAAAGCAAAGGUUGCGAGAAAAUAUAUAUAUAUAUAUAUAUAUAUGUAUGUAUAUAUAUUAAGAGAAAAAUGUAUAAUAGAGAUGAUAUGAAAAAUUUGAAACCAUAAAAAUAUAUUUGAAGCCAAAUUUUUCUUUAACAGGGCUUUUACUAUAUUCUUCAUCACUAAAAUUUGAUAAAGUAGCAAUAUAAGUAAAUAUGAAGAAGAAAGAAUAAAUUAUGUUAUGUAAAAUUAUUUUUUAUAUUUUCUUAUAAUCAGAAAAAAUAUACAGUCAUCUAAGUUUUUUCUCACUAUUUUUACAAAUAUUUGACAAAUUAAUCACAAUUAUUGCUGUUUUAUGCAUUUCAACUUUCACUAAUAAUCCAUAUUAUACAAUAUAUUGCUAUUGUAUCCAAUUUUAUUGAUGAAGAAGCUAUUAAAAAUGAUAUUAAAGACUUUUGUUUUUAAUUUUCUGGUGCUUAGGUUUUAAAUUGUUUAUUUGAUCUAUUAUAUAUUUUUCUCUAUCGUAUGCUGAAGAUACCAGAAUUUUGACAAUCUUCAUAAAAAUGUAAAGGUACAAUUAUGUUCUUUUGCUAAGAAAUCGUACUUUUUAUCACUUUUACCGGCGCCCAAUAAUUUUUUUCCAGUGAACACCAAAUGAGAGUUUUUUCCCUUGUAUUGGCUAUAAUUUUUAUCAAUUAUAUAUUUCUCUAAAACUAAUAUGUAUAUUUAAAAAAAAAAACAGUCGCGAUAAGGUAUCCGAAAAAUAAUUACAAGUUGUUGUUGAACCAUCCUAAUGUAUAUAUUUGAUCAAUUUUAAACAGAAACGCUAAAACAGAUAUUAAAGGGAUCUGUAAAAAAAAGCAGAAUGAAAGUGUUUCUUGCCGCAUCAAAUUUUGCGUCUAUUUCUCUCUUUUAUUCCGAAUAUGUGUUCAAAGCUGUAUUUAAGACUCAGAAAAAUUAUAAUAUAUAUUGUAUUGUAAAAAAAAAUGAUUUAGAAGCAAUAUUAUUGAUUACAUCACAACAUAAUUAAACAUUUCGUCAAAAGAAAUCACACCAAGCGGAAAUAAAUUCACAUUACAUGUUUUUAAUUUAUGAAUUUAUAUUUUUAAAUAUAAGUAUAAUUUUGUUAAGUUUUUAGAGAAUUUUGUACAGCUUUGUGUGCAUUGUUUGUAAUUUAAGCAUUACGUGCGCUUAAAUGUAAAAUCUCUCAAUGAUGGAGAUUAUACAACACAUUUUUAAUAGUAAUAUUUUUUAUAAUCAAAGCAGUUACUUGGAAAAUACAAUCUAAAAUGUCCAGCAUUUUAAAAUAUAACAGCACAAAAUGUUGUCAAAAAAUACAUAAAUAAAAUAAAAAUUGAUGUGAAAUAUUGGAGAUCUUGGAUUGUACAAAUUGAAUAUGUAGUUUACAACGUCCACUCUAAGAAGCAAAAAAGAAUCUUGUCAUUUAUAAAACUAUUAGAUAAAAAUUCCAAUUGAUGAAAUUUAUCAUUUGCCUUCUCUCCUCAAUUUGUCUAAUUAUUUUAUUUUAAAUUGGUAAAUCAGUUUUCAUCUCAAAGAAUAUAAACUAAUUUCAUCAAAUGGGAUUCUUCGUUCAAAAAAAUAAUUUUUCUUUUACUUUUCUCGAGUCACUAAGGUAAUCUUGUAAAAAUCCGAAGUGAAAAGAAGGCAGCUUUAAAAUUAGAAAAUUUAUAGUUAGGAAUGGAAUCCGAGAAGACUGUGACUGUUAAUCAAAAGUAUUUUGGUACUGCGAAUACUUCGAAUAGUUUUGUAACAGUGAAGUUUUAUACAAACUUUCUUGAGCGAUCGAUUGCUAUCGUUCCAUUUGCGAGACUGCAGAUCAAUAUGAACAGUUCAAAACUAUAAUUUUCACAACUUUUACAAAAACAGAUUCAACUAAAAAAAUGACCGAUUUUAAUUCCAGCAGUGUUUAGGUAUAUUAAAAUUUUACCAUUAGACUUAAAGUCGUAGAAUAAAUACAAAUUCAAAAUCAACUCAAAUUUUUAAAGGAAAAAUUUUCAAUAUUGAGAAUUAUUAUUUGAUCUGUCGAAAGCAAUCGCACAAGGCUACCAAUGACGGGAUUUUAAACAAAUGAAAGGGAGGGAUUCAGCGCGUCCUUGGAUUAUAUCCAGAGGAAAUGACAAUAAAAGAGGUUGAAGUAUCAAAAGCUAUUCGAAUAUUGUUCGCGAUUUGCAAAGGGAAAAUGACUUUCGAUUGGUACUCGAGGUAGAAAUUUGUAAUUUGUAAUUCAACGCACGCGGGUUUUUAUAGAUUAUUUCUUGGUAAUUGUAAAUACGAAGAUAAUCGCAGUGUACGGGCCCUAAACUUUUAGUAAAAAGUAGUCAUCAUUGGUACUAUAUCAAAAUGAAUCAAAAGCUACGACCUAACGAUAUUUUUCCUAUCGACAACCGACGUUCGUUCACAUUAAAAUCUUUUCUCAUCUACUUUUGGCAUCCUUCCGACCAAUUCAUACUCUUCACCUCUUUUUACGUAUACCGACAUAUCCGAUUGAAAAAUUGAAAAGAAUUUGUAUGACCAAUUUUUUGAGAGAAAUCAAACUUCUUCGGAGGGUCGCAAUCAAAAUUAGUGGAACAAAAGUUCAUAUCGCGAAAAAGGAAAUUGUUUUUAAGAAAGAUUUUAAAGAGUUUUAAACUAGAGUGGAAAAUAAUUAGUUUGAAAAUCAAACAAAUUUUAAUGAAUUAUUAAAUUAAAUUUUGUAUCUCCCAUUGGGAAGUCUCGAGAAAAAAUUGAAUUGGGAAGAGUAUCCGGUGUCAAAAGAUUUUUAUAAAAAACACUUUGUCAAAAGAUAGGUAGACUUUUUAGAGGAAAUAAUUUUUAAGGGCUUUUGAGAUUCGAUUGUCGAAAUCGAAGGAUUAUUUUUAGAAAAUUUUUUUUUAUUUGAGAAAUGGAUUGAAGUAAUGAGAAAAGGUGUGACGAAUGUUUUGUGGGUCUAAAGAAAUAUUAAGGAGGAAACAGUUAAUAGAAGAAACACGCAAUUCACAAUACAUAUUAUAUACGAAUCCGCAAUCGGUGGUACUAUAGUAAGAGAUGAUAAUUUUAUACUUACAGAUAAAAAAAAAGAGAUUGACUCUAACUAAAAGUAGUUGUAUGAUAAUAUUGUAUUAUGAAACUCCUCGCCUCCCUGCUCCGCGAUUAGAUAAAUUAGCAAAGCUACAUUAUUUAAUAUCUGGCAUAAUAUUUAUAUAUAAAAAAUCUAUAUAUACAUAUGAAUAUACAUAAGAAGAUAGAGCAUAAAAUAAAAAAACCGAAAACAAGAGAACACGGACUUGGGACGCAGGAAAUUUUUGCUGGCCCAAGAAAAGUAUGAAGCUAUGUGAUCUAUUAAAACUAGUAGCUUUUAGCUGUAAAGUUAUACUUUGUUUUGUAAAUUUUGUUUAUACGAUGUUUGAUUGUCGCAUAAUACUAUUGUAUGUGAAGAUAAGUUAAUAAA